GUGGCGCUGACUGGACACAUUUUGCCCCUCCCAGGCUUAUCCGGUCUUAUUCCCAGCAGGCAGACAGGUCAUAUGAUCUGAGCAGUUCAGGAUUCCCCGUGGUUGGUACCUGGAGCCCAGUGGAGCCAUGGCGAGCAGGGGGUUCUGCCGGGAGCUGUACAGCUGUAUCUUUGAUUACAGCACCCCGCGUAUAGCGCUCAUCAAGAGCAGGAAGGUUGGUGUCAUGAACAGGCUCAUCCAGCUGGGAAUUCUCGCCUAUGUGAUUGGGUAUGGAAUGACACAUUGUAUCUGUUAACGUUCUAUUCCAUUUACCUUGUGACACUGCUGCUUACAGUAAUCAUGUUCAUAUAUUUAUUAUUUAAUUGGCAGAGGUGGCAGUUGAUCCAUUCACGUGGCUUGUUCUCUCUAAUGAUUCUGAAUUUCUGAUACAUAAAACUUUGUCUAAUGGAGAUGUAUUCAGAAUCGAAACCACUCUGCGCGUGGUAUUUCUCCAAUCUCACGGUUGUUAAAUUUGCCAUAUGUGUACAGGUAUCUGGCUUACUGUAAUGCCCUCAAUCUGCUCUCGGUACCUGCCCAGGGAGACCUUACUGUGUACAGUCAAUUCACCCUAGCUCAGCACCUGCUGUGGGUUGUAGGAGUUUAAAUCAGUUGUGUGUGUGUGUAUCAUUUUACUACUACUUUGCAGAUUAACUAAACCCUUCAUUAUAGUGAGUUGAAAAUUAUAGAAGUGAGGUUCGUCAAGACAAAAGCAAGUGCAGUUCUGGGGCAACGGAUCCAUCACCGUGGAAACCAAUAGAAUGUCUGUCCAUAUUUAUCACUUUGCACCCAAAUUGGCACAUUUGAUAAAUCUCCCCCGAAAUAUGCACAAUUAAGGAUAAAAUGACAUAUAAAAAGUUCUGAUGUAUUCUCAACUAAAAUUCUGUACUCUAAAUUAUUAUUACCCGUUGAGGGAAAUAUUGUUGUAUAGGGGCCUUUAUUUGUUUUUGGGUGGGGGCAGCAUACCAUCCUUAUUAGUACUUAAGAAACCAUAUUCCAGCAUUAAAUAUGUCUCUGUAAAUUAAGAUGAACAGCUUGUAUAAUCUCUUAUUAUUGGGGUUCUUGUAAACUGUGAAAUAGUGCCUUGUGUUAAACGUGAUGAGUUUGCUAUCUUGCCAUAUGUUAAGUAUUACUCCAGUGAUGCCAGUCUGCUCUUUGUACCUGCCCUAGGAGAAAUGACUCUGUACAGUGAAUGCAAUGUCAAUUUUGCCCUAGAUCUAAUCUGCUUGUAGAAGUGUUUGAACUGGAUUCAUUGUCCAAUAACUACCUGGAUAGCAGCUAAGUAAUGCCACAUAGAUAUGUUGCUGUGUGGAAGGGUUUGAUUAACUCAAGAGUGAAUAUAGUGCAUUAACAAAAACGCACCCUUAAGACUAAAAUGGCUGGUUUAAAAUAUACCGUACUGCUGUAUUCCUAACCUAACUGUUUUUAUCUUAAACAUACUGAAUUUUAGCUGCUUAGGGGAAAAGUGAAGUGUUGUAGCAUUAAAUGGGAACAGUCUCCUCUCUGGGAACUGCACUAUUGAAUAAUGUCACGUUAUGGCACAAAAAGGGAACUGCACCAUUGAAUAAUAACAUCACCAAUGGCAAAAAUUGCAAAUGAGGAGGAGAAACCAAAACAUUGGGGAAGGUUUAUUAAAGUGUCCUAUUCUUAAAAACUUGUGCAUUGUACUAAAUGUGGGGCAGUCGCCAUGGAAACCCAGCGGAACCAGCAGGUAGAUUCCAUUAGUGAUUCCUUCUCUUACAUCUUUUCACCAGGUUUAAAACCACAUUUUGUCAGCUUAGAGAGAGCAGGAGAGGAAGGAAACACAGGGGGAAAUGUAUCAAGCAGGUGCAAAGCUCAGCUCUAGGAAGCCAAUAUUAAGGCACUUCCUGCAACAUCUACAUUUAAUUUUAUUUCUCAUACCUUGCAAACAAAUAUCUUUAAAUGUAGGGAAUUAAUAAAUAUUAUAUUUAAAAAUCCCAGUACCUAAGGGUUGAGCUUUUUAUUCCCUUGAGUUGUAGAAACUCUUUCAUUAUCAAACAUGCUUGUGAUUUAAGUAUCCUCAAGGAUGUGCUGGUGGUAAAUUAGCAAAGCUGACCCACGUAUACAUUAACUAAUUCAUGGGAAGGACUUUUUUGCAUUUCCAGGCACAGAUAACUAUAAUAUGUUUGCUGUGUAUUUUUAAUAAAGAUGAUGAUGGAGCAUUAUGGGAAUUUCAGUCCAAUGUAGAUUAAAGGGCAGUCAAUAGGAAUUCAGUCUAAUAUUAUGAACAUUCUCUCUGCUAGUGCUGGAUAAGCAUGGUGAGUGAUGGACUUGUUUUUUUUUUUUUUUCUUCUUCUUUUAAGGCGUGAUGUAUACACACACUAAACUUCCCUUUUAACAUCCUGUAAAUAGCAAAUAUUAAAGACCUGAUGUUUCCUAGUGACAUUCCAAAAUAUAUAUAUCAGUCCAAUAUUAUAAACACACGUUUAACUUUCUUGUCUGCAUUUAUUCACAGGUGGGUCUUUGUCUGGGAGAAAGGCUACCAGGAGUUUGACACAGUAGUCAGCUCUGUGACUUCGAAAGUGAAGGGUGUAGCAGUGACCAACACCUCAGCGUUAGGCACAAGGAUCUGGGAUGUGGCUGAUUAUGUUAUACCGCCUCAGGUACAUUUACUGUAUACUAUGCUAAUGUUUACUUGGCUAAGUUGAUGAAAGUAUUAACACCCUUUAAAUGUAUAACAAGUUAUAUUGAGGAAGCAGGAAGAGUACUAUAAUCUUGCACAUUGCAUUUGUUAUAUUUUUAGGAGUCCUCUGUUCUGGUCUCUUAAUCCUGUUAAAGGAACACUAGGGGGUCAACAACACAAACAUAGUCGUAAAAACACCAUAUAGCCUUCCUGCUCUCCCCUAAAUAUAGUAAAACCUUCAUUUUAUUCCAGAAUGCAGCUGCUGGCACUGCCUCUGAUCUGCCUGCUUGGAUGACAUCAUCAGAUGUGUUGUUCUGAGCCAAUCACAAUGCUUCCCACUGGAAAGUAUUUGAUUGGCUGAGACUGUCAAGGAGGCAGAUUAGGGGUAGAGCCAGCACAAGCCAAACACAGCCCUGGACAAUCAGCAUCUCCUCAUAUAGAUGCAUUUAAUCAAUGCAUCUCAAUGAGGAAAGUUCAGUGUCUCCAUACAGAGUGUGGAGACACUGACUGUCACUGCCCCAGGAAGCACCUCUAGUAGCCAUAUGAGGAGUGGCCAGUGGAGGUAUCCAGGGCUGUAAUGUAAACACUACAGUUUCGCUGAAAAGACUGUUUUCUGCAAAAAGCCAGGAGGGACUGAUUAUACUCACCAGAACAAAUACAAUAAGCUGUAGUUGUUCUGGUGACUAUAGUGUCCCAUUAAUUUGCCAUAGUUGCCCACAUCACCCAACUGUAUGAUGUCAGAGAGACAAUGUAGCUUUCUUUGUCUGUAUACAUUUUGCAUGGCAUCUGGCUGUACACAGUGUAACCUCUAUAGGGUUUCUACGAGGGGGUACUAUCAAUGGUUUGAGUCCAGGGAAACAACAAUUUCUGUUGGUAUUGAGGUAUCGGCACAGCUGUUUUAUUAUCAUAGCAAGUCCUAGUUUAUUGGUAGGAUUCUGGUUUGUAGGUUAUAUCCAGCUGUCUGGACAGGCAUAAACUGUAAACUACCUUUCAGUGUACUGGGAACACAAACUCCAUGGCCUGGUAACAAUGUGCAAGGACUGGGAAUUGGAGACAUGAGUAUUUUUAUACUUGUUCCAAGCUAAGGAACAAUUUCAGAUACAAAGAGUUUGCUUUCCAUUUUUUUUUUUUUUUUUUUUUUGAGGUGGGGAGGGGAUGCACUUGUCCUUUAAAUAAACAACUGAUGGUGUAGAUAAAACUUUUUAUAUAUGGGGACACUGUAAGCACUAAACCAAAAUUAGACUGCAGGAAAAUGAUCUAUACACUGAAAAUGAUCUAUACACUGAAACAACAUAUGUUGGUGUUUAUAGUGUCCCUUUAAAGGGCAACGGUCAUGCCCCAAAACACAUGCUCAUUAGUUUGAGUAGAAUAUUUUAUCUAUACAUUGUGCUACCAGUUUUGCUAAAACAUGUUUUUAAAUAGGUUUUUCUCCUAAUCUAUAGGUUCACUAUAAAUAAAUAUAUAUUAUAACACUUACAGCCCUAUAGUAAAGCACCUAUCGCCCAUCGACACGGUACAACACAUAUUCACCCACCACACACAGCCUGUAUACCCCCCUCUCCAACACAGUCUCUAUUACCUCUACACACACAAUUUGUAAUCCCUGUCCACAAACACACUACUGCCACUAUCUAGACACGUACUAGACAGCCCCAUUCACACCACAAGUUGUCUACUCUUACACAUAACACCACAAGCAAUCUAUACCACAUACAGUCUUUUUCCCACACAAACGCACACUUUUAACACUUUCCCUCUGGUGUCCCAUGUUUAAUGAAAUCAGAGACAAGUCACCAGCAAACACCGAACAAACAUUAUUAAGAUUGCAUGCACUGUGUUAAACACAGGUCUUCCGCAGGGCUCUGCAAAUGGGCUGCCAUAGAGUGACAUCGAACAAGCACAGCCACUCUUGGGUGCAUGCCAAUAAUGUUGCCAGUGCCCCUACCUAUUGGGCUGCUGUGCCUUAAAAUGCCCAGGCUGAACCAGAUCGCGCAGAAAUUCAAACUCACACACCUCCCGUCCCCAAUGACCCCAGUACUACGUAACAGAGCAUUCCCACCGGGCCUAAGGGCACGAGAUUUUAAAGGCAUCGAAGCCACGAACCUACAACGCUAUAUCCACCUAUACGUAGAUAACCAACUAGUAACAUACCAACACUUACAAACCUUAGCCCCAUUACAAACCCGCGACUUCUUCCGAUAUAUACAAUUACGGGACUUUGCGCAAACCAAUGAGGUCAAAAUGGCAAAUGCCAAGCCUCUUACCUUCUUUGAGCAAAUCUGCCUAAAAGAAAGCAUGCCAGCGAAACUAAUCUCUCUGCUCUACAACCACAUAUGCCUAGAAUCAGGCACGUGGGGCCCGCAGACAUACACAGACAAAUGGGAAGCGGAUCUGGGUGAAACACUAGAGGGGACGGAGUGGCAAGACAUAUGGGAGGCGAACACAAAAGUGUCUAUAUGCACGACCCUGCAUGGAACAAUCAUAUAAAAUAAUGCUUCGGUGGUAUACACCAGUCAAGCAACAACACAUGCAACUCUGCCCCACCGAUACCUGUUGGCGACUAUGUGGAGAAAAAGGCACUUACAUCCACAUGUGGUGGCAGUGCACCAAAGUAAAAGAGUUUUGGUAAAAAAUAGUGGCCAUGCACACUAAAAUCCUACACCGACAAAUAACACUGGACCCCUGGGCAUGUCUAUUGUCACGACCGACAAACGGACUAGACAAACACGACCAAAAACUUCUGAAUAUGCUCAAUCUAGCAGCUCGCAGGGCACUGGCACAAUACUGGAUAAAACCAGAGACACCCCCACUAUCUCUAGUAAUUACCAAAAUCAGAGAUAAUUACUUAAUGGACAAGAUGACAGCUACCGUUCGGAACACUACCACCACAUUUCAAAAGGUAUGGGCCCUUUGGGAACAAUAUGAUGAAAAAUCAUAAGACAAAUGAGCACCCACUCACAGACAGCUACUCACUCGUGCAGUUUUAGGAUUUAACGCUUACUUUCACUUGAUUGUUUUUUCUUGUAUAUAUGUUUUUCUUUGUGCAUACAACGAAUAAAUAAAAACCUUUGACAGGCGAAAGCUAAAUGACAACAGCCUUUGCGCAACCCACAUGCAACAUGUCUAAAAUGUAUAUUAUGUAUGCUAACAACCCAGAUUUUCUUUCUGUAACAUGACUAAAGCAUAUUUGAAAGAUGGGCUUCUGCGUAAGCCAAAAAUGCUCUCACCUUCAAUGUCUGUCAAUGCAAAAAUAAAGAAUUGAUAAAAAAAAAAAUGCCCAGGCUGAAUCUUUGUCCCAUUUCAUCCCGGCUCAUGUUCUCACAUACAGGUACACAUACAGAGAUGUACUCAUGGACCUACAAAUACAGACACGUAGUGACAGAUGUACUUAUACGUUUUUAACUUAACAAUUUCCUAGGCUGCACAUUGAGCAAGAGAAUGCAAACCUAAAUAUUCCAUAAACCUCCACAACUUACUUGUGUCUCAGCCAUAUGCCAGAGAGAUAGUAAAAAAAAAAAAAAAAAACGUACAGGCCUCCAACUACUUAAAAUCUUUAUGGCAGCAGGAACAAGCGAUGAUAGAUCCAAACUAAUCAGGGGGUGCCACUUAAGUUAACCGCAGCCCUCCAUUAACAAUGCCCCUGUAUGGGUUGAGUGGCUUAAAUAUGCCUAUAACUCCAAGAUGGCAUUAUAUUUCCUAAUACUUUUUUUUGCUACCAAGCAGCUUGCAACCCCAUUCUGCUCUGCCACUAUGUCCCAGGCUGCCUGCUGCCUUUUGCAGCACAUGUAGGAGAUCUUUUCCUGCCACCAGCAGCCAUUGCUGAUGUGCAGACUAAUUCACUGCAUAUAAGACUGCCGCAGUCCUGUGACAGGGAGAUGGGAAGAUAUGCUUCUCCAACUCCUGGCAAGUAAAUCCAAUUGUGACCAAGGGUAUUGCUCUUUGUUUAGAUUUAUUUAGAAAGAUAACUUUUAGUUGGCGGGACCUCAUCCAUGGCUGUGCCCCAUAAUGGUGUUUUAUUACUAGGAAAAUGUGGUACGUAUGACUUAAAUUGCUACCAAAGCUGUCUCCACACUGAGCAGACUGUUAAGGACAUCCAUUGCUUAGUACAGGGGUCCAUAACAUAUGGCACCUUGGGCUGCCAGAGCCAAACAAGCUGUGGCCCAUCUGGAGUUCAAGUGUAACUUUAGAUAUCUGCUAGUGCAAAGUGAUUGCAGGUGGUGAGGGCCAAUCCUCAAUAUCCACAUUUUAGCACUAGAGGAAGUGAUCUCCGAAAACUUCCUCCCAGCACUUGUCAACAGGAAUUUGCACUUGACACCGGGGAAGGCACCCACACUGCUAGAUAUACACAAAGCUGGCAAAUAAGCCCCCUACAAAUAAUACAAACAGCCCACACGCAAACACACCGCUGACGAUCCACAUACAUGCACAAGCAGCCUCUUGGAUGGAAUACCACAAGCAACCCUAAACACACACUCAAGUUGACCUAUCAUCCACACACACCAUUCCACAAGCAGCCUGCAUACACAGCCCACAUUCAUAGGUGUCAUAUACAAUAUCACAGAUUACUCAUGAACACACAAAUAGAACAUUACAAAGCAACUACAGCACCCAUAAUUAACACAAGCACAAUUCAGCAACAUGUACACAAUAUUUAAAAAAAGAAAUAGGACCAGCACACUAAGAGCUUGUUUUUGCACAGUACCACUAAAAUAUUGUGUGAAUAUUGGCUUUAAGGUACAGCAGUGCCCUGCUCUACUAAUGAUAGUGGGUACUGUCAGUUGUAUAGUGCCUCUUUUCAUCAUUUCUUUAGGAUCUACCUCUUUCUCCGUUUUAAAUCUGGUGAGACAUUGAUUUUAUUUAUAAUUGUGUUUUAAUUGGUAAAUUGUAAACUCUGCUAUUUUGCCAAGGUAUAAAGGCAUGUCCCCUUUGAAGUGAAUUUGUAAUUAUAAAUAUCUUAUUUACCCUUCUUCAAAUCCUUAAUUUACACUGGUUAGGUGUGCCUUCAGGAGAGGGUUGAGGACUGCACUGAAUCAAUGCAUCUCUAUGGGGAACAUUCAGCAUCAUACAGAGCGUGGAGACGCUGAACGCCAAUGCUUUGCACUGACGUAGGAAGCACCUCUAGUUGCCGACUAAGUGACUGCCACUGGAGGGGUUCCUAGGCAGCAAUGGGACCGGUAUACCAAAACUACUAUAUUAAGCUGUAGUGGUUCUGGUAACUAUAGUGGCUCUUUUAAAGUGAAUAUAACGUACAAAUUUAGGGCUCCAUCAAAAGGCCCAUCCCAACAAACCAAAGAACUCUGGCACACCAUUCCUUAAUGUGCUCUACCUCCACACCCUAAUCGGUUAAUAAUUGGAGAGUGUGGCCAGAACACAAGCUUUUACUAAAACCCCAGAUUGUGGUAAACAGAGAAACCAUGCUGAUAACACAACACAUGUUACAUUGAAUAGUUCACUUUCUAGAGAAAUGGCAACCACAAGGACUAUUGCAUCACUCGUCCUGUUCUGCUCUGUUCAGAGACCUCCAGUCAUCACCCGCUACUGCUGCUGUAACAUAUUGGUCAUACUUCAAACUAGGGAAAACUGGGAGAUAAACCAUUUUGUGUACAAAGCAUAUGGCUGUGGGCCACGCAUUCCAUCUGUCUGUGAGAAAUGAUACUCAAGAAUUCUAAAACCAUUCCUGCAAAUAUCCUCAUUGUUCAUAGGCUUCUUUUAAAUGUGUAGCUUAUACAAAACGUCUCAUUCUGGGGAAGAUAUGCAACUAAUCGUAUGUCAUAGCAAAAUUUUUGUGUUGUAGCACUUUUACAUUGCCACUAAAUGGAUUUUUAAUAUUUGCUUCUUUGAUAGAAGAAAAGGUUAGAUAAAAUUAAAAAAAAAAAACACCUGAUGGGUGGAAAACUGACGCAUAUUUGUAGGUAAAUACUGUUUUACAUUGAUCACCUACCAACUGACCACAUAGUCGCACAUGCCAACCAAUCAUUUGUGGGAUUGGAUUACAGGGUAACGAAGAUAACCUUUCUGUCUGCUUCCCAUGGAUAGAGUGCCUUACCGGGAAGGAUUAAAUUCACCAUCUGUACCAAUAGCCCCCUCCCCCAGUUCAAUAUGUUCACUAUAUACUCCAAAGUUGGUGUAGUGUAUAUAAACUGUGACUGCCCUACACAGUAUUAAUGUUGCACAUCCCAUUGUGCAAAUAUUGAAAUGAGAGAUGUACAAAAACCAUGUUUGCCUCAGAGAUUAGUUAUUGGUUUAUUCUUUGUUUGCUUAAUUCCAAUCCAAGUCAUAUGGUUUUCAAUUUAAAAAAAAAUAAAAAUCCUUCCCAUAAUGUAGUACACAAGUCAAAAUCCAUGGUAAAUCGACAUUAAACACAUGACGCUCAAGUUAGCUCAUUUUACAGAGCUCAUUACAUAUUAUUUGAUCUAAGGUCCUGUUUCUCAAGAUUUGUGUAAGCGCUCUAUCUCAUUUAUUUUUUUUAUUUAUUUUAAAAAAAUAUUCUAGAAGUACAGGCAUGUAAGUACACAAAUGCUGAUACGAAAAGCCGACAUAAUUGGCCUGCACGUUUUACAUAUCAACAUUUGUACAUUUUGUUUAGAUCAACAAAUGCGCCCAGGGUGUAAUCACUUUAUUCCAUUUUAGGGCCAAAGAAACAUAAUAUCUCUCGAAUUGUGAGGAUGACAAGAAAUCUGCAACUUGGAUUUGCACAGCUGCAUAGUUUGAUAAACCUAAGCCUAGAUCACCUGCCUUAGGUAUUAAAGGGAAACUCCAAAACCAUAAAGCACUCGCUGAAUUGUAAAGUGUCCCUAUAUUUUUUAUCUUAUUUUAUUUUUUUUUCAUUCUUUUUAUUUUACAAAAAUGUUGAUUUCAAUAGAAAUACUAUGAAAUCUGAAUUAACCUUGUUACAACUCCCCAGCUGUCAAUUAGGCAACCUGUCCUGUUACUUCCUGGUUUGGUUAGUUCAGUGAAGCUAAACUCAAGAGUCAGCAAUUACCCAGAGCACAUGCCUUGCAAAGACUUCUCAUUGGGAAGUCUGUGAAUGGAAAGCCACAAAGUCUGGACAAGGUUAGAAAGGGAGAGCUUGCAAAGCUGCAUGCAUACAUUUGUUAUUUUUUUUUGUUUUUUUUUGAUAGUAUAUCUACUAAACAGUGUUUUGUUUUGGGCAGUGGAGUGUCCCUUUAAUGCUUAGUGUUCUGGGGAUUUUACAAUUGUUAAUAGAUCUAGUUACAAAUAUUGCACCAGUGGAUUAAAUACUCAAAGUAACUGCAGGGAGCCCAUUAUUGUGACUGUCUCCCGUUCUCCUACAUUGUGUUGUGGUUUUUGGUUGUCUUUUUGUGUUAAUCAGUGAGGUACAUGGAUGUUGACAAGUCUCCAAUAAACGGUAAAAAUUAAAAUCUUUGUAUUGAGACCCUUUUUAUUAAAGCUCACACUAAUCAUGUACUUGUUUUGUAUCUAGGAGGAAAAUGCCUUCUUUGUGAUGACCAACCUCAUUAUUACACAGAAUCAGACUCAAGGCCACUGCCCUGAUGUAAGUUUAAAAUAUGUCUGUAGAUCUGUGACUGGACAUGUGAAAGGCUACUCCUCUGCGUUGUUGUUUGUCUUUGGCAGUGACUUUGACUGAUUCUGGAUACAGGAUAUAUUAGUCAGUUGUUGGGAAUUUCACACAAAGCUAUUACAUGGGGCUCUGUUUAGAUACAAAAACAUGGAUGUAUUAUGUAAUACUGGAACCUUGACCCAUUUGGGAUUAAUCAUUGUAGAGACAGUUGACCUAUUGUCUCUCUCUUGCUAAUAUAAAAGUAUGACACAAGUGAGUCUACAGUGUCUGAACCUGGAGCCCUGAUACCACUGAACAACCUCAUGAGCAUCAUAUACGGAGUCCCAAAUGGGCCCCUGUAGUAAUGUUAGUCUGGCAAAUCUAUAUAAUCCAUGAAUUCAAUAUGCCCCGGAGUGCCCAAGUGGCAGUAUAAGGGAUGAAAACUCACAUUUUCAAAAAGUAUUGGGAAGCAAAAGAUACAAUGUGGCUUUAUGGAUGACUUUUUGUCACAGUAUGAUGAGAACUCUCAGAUCCCACUUGGCGUUGAGUUUUGAGCUAAAAACGCUAUCAUUGUGUAUAUAAAUGAAACCAUGCUAACUACAGAUACCUUGGUACUUGUUAACAAAGCUAAUCAUUCUUACAUAAUCUCUGCCGCAAGAUAUCAAGCAAAAGGAACUAAUAUUGAAAUCUCCCACAUAUGCACAUGGGUCUGGCACUAAUUUUGAUAAUGGUCUGCUAUUUUGAAAUAACGGCAUCUGUGUCUCUGAGAUAAUCUCCACAAUCUAAUCAGACCAAUAAAUAAAAGGAGCAAAGCUACCAGAAAGGCAAUAAUUGUUUUCAAUAAAAAUACUAUUUAUGUAUCUAUACAGAUACGUAAUUUAUUUAUUUUUCCCUGUAAUUUUAUACGUGGUAAUUUAUAAAAGUGAAAACUAUCAGGAUUUCAAAGUGAAUUUAACAUUUAAGGCCAAAAAUAGCUAAACUGUAAUUUAUUUUGAAUUCCCAGCGAUUCUUACUGGUUUGGGUUUAUAACUACAUAACACCCUGUAGGGCAGGGAUGCACAAAAGGCAGAUCCCAGAUGUUGUUGAACCACACCUCCCAUGGUGCUUUUCUACCUUUUAGGCAUCCCUGCUGUAGGAUUUAUUUGCUAAGGUAUACAUUGUGUCAAAUUGAAAUCUAAAUGGUAAAUUAAAGUUAAAAUAGAAAUGCUGUGACUAUAUAGAUGAAUUGGAGAAUUUUAUUCAGAUCCGCUAUUUUUCCCAAAAUGUUGCCAUUCAGGUUUCUGUUCACUACAAUUGAGGAUAUAGUGAAUUAAUCAUUAUAUUUAUAUCGGUGUAUAUUUGUGCUGUAUUUAUAAAAAAAUAAAAAUAUAGUAAUUGUCUCAUUAAUUUGGCAAAUGCCUUACCCUAGAUGUGUUCUCAUUACAUUAUUUGUAAUAAAGACAGCGAAAACGUGGCUGUGAUCUCCUGCCAAAAUGCGUUGAUUACUCCAAAUAAACACUUCACCAAUUGCAUAGCUAUAGAAACACAGCACUCAAAAUAUAUUUUGUGUUAUCUCCUUCCAGUUACCGGACCAGUCAACCAUAUGCAACUCCUCACAUGACUGUAUUCCUGGAUUUAUAAGCACGCACAGCUUUGGUAUGAGUGGCAAAUAUUUAGCAAUGUUCUACCUUGGUCUUUACGCUUGAUAAGGAACAUGACCAAAGAUGUUUCGAUUUUAGUUUGUUUUAAGAUUUCUUGUAGAAUUGGUAAAAAAUUAGUGAUUGAAGCAAAAAUAUCAAACUGUUGCCAUCUGAAUAGCAUAACCAAGCACAAAACUUAGAUGCAGAUUGCUUUAUGUCCCUCACACCAUGAAAGCUGUUCAAGUUGAGAGGGCAGACUGGGCAGACAGGAAGUUGUUUUCUCACUCUUGGGGUGCAGAUUGAGUCAUGGGAUCUCCCAUUCUAUCUGGGUCCUAUCAACUUUAUGACGUGGUACACUUUAAUCUUUUGCGCACUGGUUGACUCGGUCUCUCUUCCUCACCUACCAGUCCCUCCCUGCCCUCAAAUGCUUGAUUCUAUUUAUUUUUCUCUGCCUUUUUAUUUUCUCUCUUUUAGUCCAAUAAGUGAGCCCCCUUGUACACCCUGGACAGCCUAUAUUUUGUUACUUUGCCGGGUGGGGGGGCAUUCCCUCCUGCUCUGCAAUAAAGACCCUGCUUAUUUUGUGAAGCAUUGUAAGGAUUUGUUACCUUUUUUUUUUUUUUCAUUGGUGUGUGAUUUUCAAACUGUACCUCUUUACUUAUUUCACAAAAUAUCAAUAAAGACUGGGGAGGGAAUAAAACGUAUCACUCCUGAUGCAGUCUGAGAAACUGACAUGGGAUCUGUUUAGAAUCCCAUAUUGUGAUUCCACGUAACAAUGAGUUUCCUAUUGAUUAAACGACUCUAAAACAACUUGCGUGAUUCUUUUUGCAUCAUGGAAGCACUGUACUUUUUUUUUAUUCUGACUAGUUGCAUUUUGUUACUAUUGAUUUUUUUUUUUUAUUAAAAAAUAAAUAAAAAUCUAAACAUUUAUCUGCUACUAAUUCUUUCCAUUCUGCAGCCACGGUUUCCACUGUCCUCACUGUGCAAUAAUUGAAAUGUAAAGCUUAUUUUUUUUUUUUCUCCUGGUGUCAGUGUAACUAGGGAGAGAAUUCCAUAUGAUGAAAAUGGCUACAAUUAAUGCUAGGAGAGAGAGAGUGGCAAGCUAUAAAUCGUUUUUUUCUGUCUUAUAGGAGUUCAGACUGGACAAUGUGUCGCUUAUAAUGAAACUGUCAAAUCCUGUGAAGUUUAUGCUUGGUGUCCAGUAGAAAAUGACACAGAAUUGCCAGAGUGAGUAGCCUUUUGAUCAGCAUACACUAUCACGAGAGCAUACCUCUCAAGUGUCUUUAGGAGGGUCAGUCCCACCUUUGGAUCUAAAUCCCUCCGUCCCUCUUUUCUAGGAUCUCCAUAUUGUUGGUGUGUCUGAGUGUACAGUAAAAAAAAUACUCCCAGUAAUGUGUAUUUAAACUACAAUACAUGUGUUUAGAAAUCAGUCUGUGUUAAUAAGAUAAAUUGUUCUUGUUCUAAAUUAAAUUUUAGUUGCAUAAAUUAGUAAAUCACCUAAAAAGAACUGCAACACUCUUGGACCCUACCCAUUCACAUCCCUAAUAUUAAAGUGUUCCUGUUUGUCCAUUUGAAAUGUUGGGGGGUAUGUGAGAGAGGAGAUUGGAAUCUACCUGGGAUACUGCAGGCAUUUACAAACAGUGGGUCUUUUUACCCAAUACUGCUUUAUCAGACAAUGGAACCAUUGUACAAUCAGAGAGCCUCUUUACAAAAUGCCACAAUAAAUACUGUGCAUACAUCAAUCCAAAUCUAGUCUAUUCACUAGAUAACACAAUCAGGGCUAAUGAUGGAACCUUUUGCAUUAAUUUUGAAAUCUGACCUUGUUUUGUUUUUGUUUUUGUUGUUUCAGACCUGCUUUUCUCAAGGAAGCUGAAAAUUUCACAGUUCUUAUUAAAAAUAAUAUUUGGUUUCCGAAAUUUAAUUUCUCCAAGUAAGUGUGAAGUAGGCAUACCUUGUUUCUUAUGUAUUUAUUUAUAUUAAUUUAGAAGAUCUUAAUUUCUAUGCUCAGUGUUUUUAAAAGCCAAUUUUUUUGAAUUUCCAGAUGUGUAGUUGUAAUGUUUAAAGGCUCACUAAAACAAAGCGGUUUUCCUGACACUAUAGUGCCCUAAGGGUGCCCCCACCCUCAGGGUCCUCCUCCCGUGGCGCUGAAGGGGUUAAAACACCUUCAGCAGCUUACCUUAAUUCAGCGCCGUGCUCCCUCGGCGCUGGUGACCUCUCCCUCACCCCCCCACUGCCAACGUCAGCGGAGCCGAAUGCUCUGCAAGUACUGCGCGUGCAUUCAAAGUGUCCAUAGGAUAGCAUUUCUCAAUGCUUUCCUAUGGACGCUCUGCGCGGUGAAGGCAAAAUGUGCCUCAGCGUCGCAGAUGCGCCUCUAGUGGCUGUCCAGAAGACAACCACUAGAGGCUGGAUUAAUCCCAAAUGUAAACAUAGCAGUUUCUCUGAAACUAUAUGUAACAGCUACCCAGGUAGUAAGAGGGUAUCAGUCGUUGGAGACGUCCAUUUCUUCCUGGCAAGUCGCUGUAUAGUAGUGGAGUUGCUUAUUCCCAUCCACUGGAUCCAAGGCAGGAGUCAGGUAGAGCUCUUAAAAGAGCUAAGUGAUUAUGCUUCAUAUUCCCUUUCAAUAACGAGACAGGGCUACGUUUUUUGAAGGGUCAAGAAGAACUGGCUUUUAAUGGCAGGUACUCUCUUUUUAUGUGAUUCUGCCCAUGCAAGGGAGACAUCCACAUAAUUAACAAAACAACCAAUACAACAUAAGGUACAUCCCACACAUCUCCUCCCCUCAGAUAAGCUUUUAACCCAAUUAUCAGAGACACAUUUUCCCCCAAGUUUUGGAUGUACCCCAAAUACCUGGGGUACAUGCAUAAAUCCCCAGCCCUAUUCUUGGGGACCAACAUACUAAAAAAUCAGCUCAUUCGGUUCAGUGGUUCGGGAGAUAUGGAGCUUUAAAGUUUUGCCCGACCGCACUGGCAAAGUGGCCGAAAAUAGUUCCAUGAGUUUUGGCCUUGCGGUCGGUCUUUGUUUGCGCAUAAAAAGUCCCGAAAGGCUUGCCAUCCGUGCGUAACACGACGUUCGUCAGAAUCCCCAUAUGCUAUUAAGUCUUUCUUCCGAACGGCAGGUUGUUCGGUAGUUUUGGCACGAUUUCCCGGUGCUAUGGAGGUCUCAGCGGUGUCCGCCUAUUCGAGUGUCCGAUUUUAGUUCCAGACACUCGACGGCAAAACACUGCUGUUUGGGAGUUAAGAUGGCCGUGAACACGUGUAAAAGUCCCGAAAUGGCGGCCACCCAGGCACUUCACAAACCGUUCGUGGGUUUCCUAUGCAGACUGUAUUCGCGGAUCAUGGAGGUAAAUUAUCCAUAAUUAGGUAGCAGGGUGGUCCGGUGUUCGGUAGUUUGCAUUCGUAUGAUGAAUGCUUUUAAAUGUCCCGAACUGUUGUAUAGCAAAAUCCCCAUGAAAGCAGGUAAGGAAGGCUCUUCAAUUUGUUACACUAUGUUUACAUCUGAAGGGUUAAAACCUGACGGACCUGGCACCCAGACCACUUCAUUGAGCUGAAGUGGUCUGGGUGACUAUAGUGUCCCUUUUAAUUCUCCAACUGACAUGAGUAAGAAUUUUACUGAAAUAAAAUACUUAUGUAGGUAAAAAAAAAAAUUAUUUAGAUUUAUUUUUAAUGCCAUUUUGCAUUUAUCAAUGCUAUCACCAUUUUAAACUUUCAAAUUCCCAUAAACCACUUCAGCAGACAUAAAUAAAGAAUAGAAAGGUUUGUUUAUAUGAAUUUAUAACUUGUAAUAAAACUAGGACAUUUGAAGUGAAUAACACUUUUAUCUCAUUACAAUGGCACCUGUCAAAGGGAGGAAUAUUAGGCAGUCCUUUAAUUUUAUGUUUUGGUAGCAGGUAAAAUGGGCAAGCAAAAAAGAUCUGAGUGACUUUGACAAGGGCCAAAUAGUGAUGGCUAGAUGACUGGUCAAAGCAUCUCCAAAACGACAAGUCUUGAGGGGUGUUCCUGGUAUGCAGUGGUUAGUAACUACCAAAAGUGGUGCAUGGAAGACAACACAUGAACCGGCAUCAGGGUCAUGGGCACACAAGUCUCACUGAGGCACGUGGGGAGUAAAAGUUAGCCCAUCUUGUCCGAUCACACAGUAGUAGCUCAAAAUGCUGACAACGUAAUGUUGGCCAUGAUAGAAAGGUGUCACAACACCCAGUGUAUUGCAGUAUGCUGUGUAUGGGGCUGCGCUGCUGCAGAUCGGUCAGAGUGCCAAUGAUCCCUGUCCAUUGCCAACACUGCCUUCAAUGAGGACAUGAGCAUUGGAACUGGACCAUAGAGCAAUGGUAGAAGUUUGGCUGGGUGUGUGUGCAACAUUUACUCGGGGAAGAAGGGAGGCUGGCAGAGGCAUUGUUAUGCUCUGGGCAAUGUUUAGCUGGAAAAUCUUGAGUACUGGCAUUUCUAUGGAUUUUACUUUGACACGUACCAUGUACGUAGAGAUUGUUGCAUAUCACACACACGGUAAUGGUGUUACCUGAUGUCAGUGGUCUUUUUCAGCAGGAUAAUGCACCCUGCCACUGCAAACAUUGUUCAAGAAUGGUUUGAGGAACAUGACAGAGUUGAAGGUGUUGCCUCGGCCUUCAAAUUCCCCAGAUCUCAAUCUGAUUGAACAUCUUUGGGAUGUGCUGGAACAACAAAUCCGAUCCUUAGAGGCAACACCCCAUAACUUGCAGGACUUAAACGAUCUGCUGCUAAUGUCUUGGGCCGAAUAAAAAACCAAAACAAAAACACGUUUAGAGGUCUUGCCUCAACGCAUCAGAGUUUAUAAGGUUUUAUUAUGAUCGCAAAUAAGCGGUGCGAUGAGCACCUAAAACAGUGUAUCAGCGCUACAUAUUCACACAUAAAAAGUUAGACUGUCCUGACACAAUAGUCUAGUGCUGAAAGCAUAAGAUAUGUAGUGUUGGUAUAUUUUUCCUAGCUGUAUAGAUUUUUGCAGGAGCCAUUAAUUACACUCCACAGCACUAUGAAAACAAAAUCUGAACACAGAUAAAAUGUGUGCAUAUUUCCCGAUAAAAUGCGGAAUUUAGUAAGCAUACAGUAAAUUUAAACGGUAGCAUGCUGGGUAAAUAUCCCGGACGCACACAUGGUACAAUUAAAUGCAUGUUAGCAAAAUUUCCAGCCCAAGAAAUAUAGAAUCCUAGUAUACUGUUCGGGUAAAUUUAACGCCGAAGUCACCACAAAAAAACAAAAAACAAAGCUAGUAACAAAAAACAAAACAAAAUUGUGCGAUAUCCACAUGAGUUGGGUGUCAUCACCUUCGUGGGGCAAAGGUGCUAGACCUGUGGGGAGGCGGGCAUAACACUUGCCAUAGCCACAAUGUCAAUGUUUGGGCUGGUCAGUGUAUCAUUAUGUAUAAUUUCAAUAUUAUUAGAGGAGCAGUUUUAAUGUCCAAUACAUAUGGUGUUGGCCAUUCUUAUUCCAUGUAAACUAGCCAUUUAACAGUAAUAUAUGGAAGGAGGGGGAGAUGUUUUGAAGUUUCUCCACUUGCAGCAACAACAAAUCCCAGAUGCUCACUUUUUUCCAUAUCUUGCCAACAUACAGCCUGAGUUGCACUAUUGAAAACGAAAAUGUAAAGUAUAUAUGCUUGUGUGUGGGUGUGUGUGUGUGUGUGUAAUAUAUAUAUUGCACAAAAAAUGCUAUUGCUUUACAAGGCAGCCCUUAUCACCCUGUUUCAGGUGAUAAAGCAUUGCAAUAUGUGGUGAAAUUGUCUGACACUUUUUUUGUGGUGUAAAUAACUAGAACCAAGUGGGAUAAUUCACUAAACUGUAAAUUGUAGUGAAUUAAAAAUUAUAUUGCAAAAUUUAGGCACCAUUGGCUUGUGAAGAGAAAAAAAGAAACCUCAAACUCCACUAUUAAACCAUCUGUUCUAUUUUUGCAUGUUUUUUAUUUCAUUUUAGCUUUCUGUUUACUACCAUGUGCUGUUUGACAAAUAUACCUUAAAAUGGCUGCUGUGUUUUUUUUAUCUAUAGUGAGCAAACACUAAGAUAAUUUAACCUCCAGAAAGGUUUUGUAGAACAUAUACAUCCUGUUUCUUUUGUUGCACUUUCUAUCAUAAUGGCUGUUUGAAUUUCAUCUACUCAUUGCUGUGUGUGUGUGUGUGUGUGUGUUUUGUGUUUUGUGUUGUUGUUGUUUUUUUUUUUUGCAGAGUUAUGCAGUGUGAAUAACCAGGAAUAAGACAAUAAUGCACCUGUUUAUUUUCCCUCCCUCCCCAGGAGAAACAUUUUGCCAAAUGUCACCACCAGUUACCUAAAGACCUGUCUAUACGACCGAAUGCACAACCCUUUUUGUCCUAUAUUUCGCUUGGGAAGCAUAGUAAGUGAGGCAGGAGAAUCCUUUCGCGAUAUGGCUAUACAGGUAAGGAGAAAAUGAGCUACAGUCUGCAUAAAGUCCAAUAUAAACUUACAAUUGAUAUAUUAUGGACUGCAAUAUUAAAGAUUCAGAGUGUUUUGUUUUUAUUUGUCUAUUUUUACAUUGGGUUUUCAGCAAAAUGACUAAUAAAGUUAUGUGAUAUUCCACUCAUAAAUCUUUAUUUAUUUUAUUUUGUCAAGUUGUGUUUUUAGGCAACAUUGAAAACACAACUUGGAAUUAACCAAAGUGAGAAUUCAAAGUGAAUUUAAAAUUUUAAGGUCAAAAUAGCCAAAAUGUAACAUUCUCUAAGCCAGGUAUGCUUCCAAUUCUGCAAAUUCCCACAAAGCAGCGAUACUGCACUCAAAAGAGAAAAAAUAAUUUUAUAUUGAUCACUGUAUUCAAAACCAAAAAUAGGGAAACCUGCAUCGUUGGCAAUAUUUCCCUUUGUCUGGGAUUUUUCCAUUUUAUUCUUGUUAAAUUAGAUUGCGUGUUGUUUGAGAAGGGGACAUCUAUUUCUAUUUCAUAGCUUCUAGUGAUAUAACUUUCAGGAUACCCAUGCUGAGCAAGUCGUCUCUUUAAAUCACCUGCAUGUGAUUCUCAGUUAACUAAAAUAAAAUGGGAAAAAUCUCAAACUAAGUGAAAUAUUGAAAGCGUAAGAUGUUUCUCUAUUUUCUGUACUGAGCACUGUGAUCCUUUUAAUUCAAUUGUAGAAUUUAUAGGGAGGCAUCUUCCCAUUUUGAAACUUGUUGAAUUUAAUCACAACUUGUCUGAUUUGAAGUAGUGCUAGGAAACGUCAUGUCCUUCAAAUCAUAUUUGUUGCCAAGCCAUUUUCUUUCAGGUUAUCCUCAAUUUAGUAACACCUGGCUCAACUGUACAGGAAUGUAUGCUUGUGGAUCUAACAUGUAAUUGUCAUUUUAUUGAUAUUAAGAACAAAAAUAUUUUAUCUCAUCAGUCACAGGCAAGAAAUUUGAAAUACAUUUUUUAGAACACAUACUGGGGGGGAGGGGAAUUUAUCCCUCUUCUCUAUUCAUAACAUUCCGAAUUGUAGAGUGGUCUUAAAGGAGAAGUUUUAAGGAAAAAUAAGGGAUUUACAUUUUUCUGAUCCCAAUCACCAUGGAUAUUCAGCAUUGAUAUGUAGUAAUCCACUCAAAAAAUGCAAAUUGUAGUUCAAAUAGGCAAUGUAGUUUUAAAACAAUUUAUUAGACUUGGAUUCAAGUUUAAAGGGACACUAUAGUCACCCAGAACACUUCAGCUCAAUGAAGUGGUCUGGGUGCCAGGUCCCUCAGGUUUUAACCCUUCAGAUGCAAAUAUAGCAGUUUCAGAGAAACUGCUAUGUUUAUAUUUGGGGUUAAUCCAGCCUCUAGUGGCUGUCUUUCUGACAGCCACUAGAGGUGCAUCUGCGACGCUGGAGGCAAACUUACUCCCCAAACAUCCAUGUGUCUGAUUAGCUACUUUAGCCCCUCCUAAACUUUCACCUAUAGUAAUAUCUGAUACCAAAUCUCCAUUAGUUAACACUAAAUCUAGUAUGACCUCUUUACGAGUUGGCUCCUAAACGACUUGUUUUGGACACAAUCCCAGUAGGGAGUUUAGUAUGUGUGCUCCUGGCACAAGCAGCUACUUUGGCUUUCCAAUUCACAUCAGACUAGACCCCAUUCAAUUUUUAUUUGAAAUUUCAUUUGUUCUUUUAAUAUGGGCCAAACUGGAACCAGAGAAAAUUUCCAAUAUCUUGCGAUAGUAAUCUUAGAGGCUACAAAUAUGUGAAUUACAAAGGGUGCUAAAUUACCGCAUAGUUGCCUAAUAUUGCAAUAUCAUCUUCCACAAUCCCACCAUAUAUGUAAAUAGUCCCCUCUUUCUGCAUGAUCCUGGUUAUUAAUACAUUUACUCAUUCUGCUGGGAACCAGACACCAUCUAUUUGCCAGUUUGUAUUGGCAUUCUACGAAGUUAAGACAUCGAAUAUUUUUACAAACUAAGGAGAAGGCCUCCCUCCAUUGUUCACAACUAAUUUGGACAUUUAAGUCUGCUUGCCAUUUAUUAAUAAUUACUUCUAUAGGUUUAUCGGGGUCUCUUGACAUAAAUUGUAAGCAGUCAGCUAUUUUUUUUUGGCGACCGUUUAUUUAAUAUUUUUUUCAAGCCAGAUUAUAUUAUUCGAUUCCUGACAGAAACCUUUUUACCCUAAGAUGGUUAAAAAUGUCCUUAUCAUCUAAUUGUAUUUCAAACUUAGCGAAUGAAAAUCAGACCAGGAAUUGUUUGUUUAUUCAAUUAUUUAUUCUUACUGUUCCACCUUCUAACCACUUGCGUAGCUUUAAAUCUGGCAUAUAAUAUGCAACAUAUGCCAGUGGAAGAGAUGGUAUUAACUUGUUAUACAAAUUAGAUUCUUUUCUGCUUUUCGCCCACCCUGUCAAGAUACAAUUAAGAGUGAUACUGUUAGAGCUGUAUUUUAAUGAACUGCCAUAUUUUGUCUGAACUGUCCAAAAUAAAGGUCCCAAUUCUACUGAGUGAACUUCAACUUGUUAAGUCCUGCUCGGUUUUAUGCCAUAUUUCCACAAUAGAGCACUUUAACUGAGUAAUAAAGGCAUGUGAUAAACUACAGGCCUUUUGGUAGUCUUUCAAGAUAGGGACCCCCAGUCUUACGAAUUUAACUUUUAAAAAUAAGCUAAUCGAAUUUAUCCUUGGAGUUUUGCCCAGCCGGGUGUAUUUAUUAAUGAGAGAUUGUGCUAGUGUCACCCAGCUAUCUGGGCAAGGCAGCGGUAUCACCCGAAAAAGAUAUAGCCAUUUUAGGACAAUAUAAGAUUUUACAUUAAUCUGCCCCCACCAAGAAAUUUCAAGAUUUUUCCAUUAAUUUAUUUAGCUGUAUAUUUAAGGAGUGGUAAAAAAUUAAGUUCCAUAAUUUUGCUUACGUCAUUUGCAAUUUCAAUUCCCAAAUAAUUAAUUGAUAGCUCCACACAACUAAAACCAAACCCAUUAUUUAUUUAUUUUUUUAAAUACCUCAAUCGUCUCCUGGGGUAAGUUAAUAGGUAAGGCUAUUAAUUUUAUUAAAAUUCAGUUUGUACCCUGAAUAAACUGAAUAUUCCUCCAUACAUGGCAAGAGUAUUAAGAGAGUUCACAGGGUAUCCAAGAGAAAGUACAUCAUUUGUGUACAUUGUCAGUUUAACACAGUUGCCCUUCACCUUCAGACCUUUUUUAUUAAAGCAAUAUUCCUUAUUGCAACCGCCAACGGUUCAGUUGACAUUAAGUAAAGAAGUGGGGACAGAGGGCAGCCCCGUCUCAUCCCAUUCUUUAGUGAAAACCAAUCCGAUGUAAAUCAAGCACCCACCACUCUGGCCGACUGAAAGCAUAUAAUGCCAUUAUUGCACUUCUUAUAUUCUUCAGUAGCCCAAAAGCUUCCAAAACAUUGUUUAAAAUUUUUUCUGAACUCUGUUUUUUAUGCACACGUCAUCUGGUUUUGGCCAGCCGGUGAUAUGUUACUGCCCGAAAACUUUUUUAACCAAAUGUGCAGAUAUCAAAUGUACCUUUAGCAGCAAUCUCUAAACUAACUCCUGCAUAAAGAAUCUAACUGGAGAUUUGGGGGAAGGAAACUGACUGACUAACUAAAAUUUGCUUCUUUUAAAAAAAACUAAAAUAACACUAACAGCGGGAUUUCGGCGGAAACGAUCUCUGAUUGCUCCCGCUGCUAGUUUUCCGUGAUGACGGUCCUGAACCGUCAGCUGGUCGUGAAGGGGUUAAACCUUAUAAUUUUUUGUUUGUUUGUUUGUUUGUUACACUGACAUGGAUUGGAGGCACACAAAGGGCUGCAGGUAGCAGUCUGAUUAGGCUCCAAGCCUUUUUUUUUUUUUUUUUUUUUAUUUAAAUGUGUCUCCAACACAUUUUAAAUAGUGGGCAAUUUUAUUUUAUUUUGCAAAAGCAUCCUGUAACAAUGGUAAUUUCCCAGUUUCAUUUAGUUUUUUGUUCUCCACCUUCCAUUUUUUUAACUUUAUUUUUUUUUUUUAUGCCUCGUACAGGAUCUGUUGGUCACCAUUUUCAUCACUGCUGCUUACCAUGUUUGUAUUAUUUGAAUAAAUCUGCACUACAAAUUUUGUACAUCAUUGACCCAUUCCUGGUCUUCCGUGAGUGUUUGUUUCCCAAACCAGAGUUGUACAGAGCAGUGAGCAUGAAUUAACAUAUAUUUGUGUGAGGUUUAUACAAGCAUCUGUUAGUCUCUCACGUUAUGUCACCUUAUCGUUAUAACCCUGUAGUCGUGUUUACCCCACCCCUGUUGCUAUCCCCCUAUUUGAUUUAAAUGGGAAAGAGUUUUCUCCUGUUGUGAGGCCAGAUGAAAUGACCCCAGUGCGCCUGAAUUAUCAAGGACACCACGUGUUCCAUCAUCACCUAUUUGUCGGAUCAUGGGCCCAACAAACAGUCCCUAACUUACAAGUGGCAUUGGUCUAAACAUAAGAAGCAGAGCUGAGAAUAGUGGUGCACUGUAGUGUGUGUCUAGUUAUGCUUCAGUUCCAUCUCCUUUGCCUUAGUCUAUGUAGAGGUGGCUACUUGGUUCUGUAACCGUUUCUACCUAAUACAACAAUGGUUGUAUGCAGUUGUGAUCUCCAACCUUGAACAGGCACUUAUGAUGUGACUUAUACUUGCGUGGCUGUCAAAAUGUCCUAAAUGUGUUUGACAGUAGCAUAACUUGUGCUGUCCCCAUCCUAUCCCUUCCCCCGCCAGUAUAUCUAUUUUCAAUUGUAUUUUUCAAGUUUAUUUUCCCUGAUUUGGGUUAGCGGCACAUAUUUUUAUUCACUUUUUUAAUUCUCACUUUGGUGAAUAAUUUUGUACAUUAUAGGGCUUCAGCCAUUAUCCCCAGCCCCUGUGUUUGGCUAAAUUUGUAGUCCAUUUUACUCCAUUCAAAACAAAAUAAAAUCAUUCUUGUUGAAAGUUUUGCAAAAAAAAGUCCAAUUGGUGACAGACAUUUUGAUUUUAUUUUUUGGUAAGUUGCAUAGCCUGAUGGGUACAAGUCACAUUUAAAAAUGGGUUAAUUAACUACAUUCUCAAUAUUGUAGUGAAUUGAAAUACGAAUUUCAAAAUGUAAGUGAAAAUGGCUGAAUUGGGAGGGAGAGGGGGGAAAUGUUCCACAUCUACUAUAAUCACAGCUUUGCCAUUCAGAUUUACAUUCCUUACAACAGUCCUGCAUGCCGAGGUGGAGAAUUCUGUUAAACCAGCUCUUUCACCUUUUAAGGUCUUUCCAAUGAGGACUUUGCCACUUCCAGUGAGGUGGCUGUGGGGUACAGGGAAAGAUGAGUUUUACAUACCUGAACAUCGUCCUGCUGGUCCUCUUAAGCUCCUGAUGCUUUAUGUUCCAGGAGCCGACAUUGGUGCUUUACGAUGUGAGGCUGAACUACGAUGUGAGGCUCAAUUUCAGCUUGUGUAACUAUAAUAUUGGGAAUAUAUUAAGACUAUUAAGUCUGCAAGAUAUCUUGGUUAUGUAAGGAUGUGUGUCUUUAUUCCUGAUGAAUAAACGUUUGCAUUUUUUCCACAGGGGGGUGUGAUGGGGAUACAAAUUAGGUGGGACUGUGAUCUGGACAAAAAGUUCUCAAAAUGUGUCCCAAGGUAUUCUUUCCGGCGACUGGAUAGCCGAGAAUUGGAUCACAAUGUGUCCCCUGGCUAUAACUUCAGGUCAGCAUGAAAUGUACCAUACUAACACAUAACUGUUAAUGUGGACAAAAUGCUGUGAAAUCAGAUGAGGUUGGAAACUGUCUGCAUUAAUACCUUGCAAAUGUGUGUAAUUGUGAAAUAAUUAUUCCUGUUUGGGUUGGUGGAACAAUUUUUGCUUGCCAUAGAAAGCUACAGCGGAUCUAGCAGGUAGCCAGAUGGUGAAGAGCAUUAUGCUACUGUCUAAUUCAGGGGUAGUCAACCUUUUAAUAACUACCGCCCACUUUGUUGAUUGCUGCAGUGCAAUUUUAAAAAAAAAUGUACUUUAAAUGUAUCCAUUUCCCCCCCUUUGUUUUUCUAUUUUUUUUUUUUUUUAUCUCUGAGGUGCUGUUUGUGUGAAGGGUGCUGUGUGUUUGUGUGUAAAGGGUGCAGUUUGUGUAUUAGGGGGCAGUGUUUGUAAAGGGUGCACUGUGUGUAUAUGGGUGAGGGGUGCAGUGUGUGUGUGUGACUAGUGUUGUGUAUUAGGGGGCAGUGUUGUGUUUGUGUGUGUGUGUGUGUGAAGGGUGCAGUGUUGUGUGUGUGUGUGUGUGAAGGGUGCAGUGUUGUGUGUGUGUGUGUGUGUGUGAAGGGUGCAGUGUUGUGUGUGUGUAUGAGGGAGGCAGUUUGUGUGUGAGGCAAAAGUGUGAGUGGGAGGAGUGCAUAGGGUCUAUGCUGUGUGUAGGUGGGUGAGAUGUGAAAAUCUAUCUUAAUAUGUCCCCCAUCCCUUCUUCUUACCUUUUACCAGGGAGGGGGGGGGACAUAAUUCUGCAAACCCUGGUGGUCCAGUGGUGGCAUGUUCCCUUUAACCUGCAGCCACUUCUGUCCUCCUGCAAACACAGCACUGUAUCGGAGCGUUGCCAUGGUUAACGCGCGGCAACAGUCCGACCAGCCUUCUCGCGGGAGGAACACAGAGCCUCCCAGGUCCUUCCCCUACCUUUGCUGGAACCAAGUGCCAGUGGGCCGGUGAGGGAGAUCUUUGAUCUCCUCACCAGCCCGAGAGGGCUCACAAUAAGGCUACAGUUGCAUGGGCCGGCAGGGGAGAUGAAAGGAUCUCCUCUGCAAGCCUUGGUCCAUGGCCAUCAAGGCCCACUUGACAUUUUCUCCAGAACCCACCAACGCCCACCUAAAAUCCCAAACCGCCCACUAGUGGGCGGUAGGGAUCAGGUUGACUACCCCUGGUCUAAUUAUUCCACUCUGUGUUGCUGAAUAGUUCAUCAGGUCUGCUUUGUAAAUCAAGUAUACCAGUAUUAUGAUCAGAUUUGUGUGAACACAUAGGUCUCCAAAUACCCUGGGCUUUAUUCCCUAAUUUUGGAAUUGGAAAAACUUGGGGGGAAAAAAAUGUUGGUCUCUUACUUUGACAUAACACUUAAAAUUCCUUAAACAAUUUUCCAUAACUUCCAAUUUAGUGAACUAACCCCAUGGUGUACUUAUUUUAGUGUUUCUGCUGUGUGCAGUGUAUUUGAACUCCCUGACUAUAGCAAAACGAAUCUCUAUAUUUCCUAUUUCCUCCAGAUCUGCAAAAUAUUAUAAGAAUAUUAAUGAUGUGGAAUCAAGAACGCUAAUGAAAGUCUAUGGGAUCCGUUUUGACAUCCUGGUUUUCGGAACAGUGAGUACAUGUUUGGGGGGGGGGGAGGAAUAAAUGUGUGCGUGUCUAUAUGUCUGUGAAUAACAUUGAUUUAUAUUGUUACAAUGGCACCUAUCAAAGGGUGCGUUAUAUUAGGCAGCAGGUAAACAGCCAGUUUUUUAUUUCAUGUGUUGGAAUCAGGAAAAAUGGGAAAGCGAAAAGAUCUGAGUGACUUUGAAAGGGACCAAAUAGUGAUGAAUGGGUCAGAGCAUAGCCAUACCAGCAAGUCUUGUGAGAUGUUCCCAGUAUGCAGUUGUUAGUACCUACCAAAAGUGGUGCAAGGAAGGACAACCGGUGAACCUGGCCAAGGCUCAUUGAUGCAAGUGGGGAGUGAAGACUAGCCUGUCUAGUCUGAAUACUGAAAAGCUACUGUAGCUUUAAUAACUGAAAAAAUUAAUUCUGGACAUAAUGGAAAUGUGUCAGAAUACUGCCUAUGGAGCUGCAUAGCCGUAGACUGAUCAGAGUGCCCCGAUGACCCCUGUCCAUUGCCAGAGAUGUCAGAACUGGACCACGGAAGAUGGUUGUCUGGUCUGAUGAAUCACAUUUUGUUUUAGAUCAGAUGGAUGGCCUGGUCAGUGUGUGUCAUUUACCUGGGAAAGAGAUGGCAGGCUGGUAGAGGCAGUGUUAUGCUCUGGUAAACAUUGGGCCUUAGCAUGCAUGUGCUUGUUACUUGUACCACCUACCUAGAGAUUGUUGUAGACCAUGUACAUGACAGUGGUGUUUCCUGAUGGCAGUGGCAUCUUUCAGCAGCAUAAUGUACCUUGCCACACUGUGGAGUUCAGGAGUUGUUUGAGUAACAUGACAAAGAGUUCAAGUGUUGCCUUGGCCUCCAAAUGCCCCUGAUCUCAAUCUGAUCUAAGGAUUUGUGGGAUGUUCUGAAACAACAAAUCCAAUUCAUGGAGGCCCCACCUCACAACUUGCAGGACAUAAAGGAUCUGCUCCUAAUGUCUUGGUGCCAGAUACCACAGCACACAAUCAAAGAUCUUGUGGAAUUCAUUCCUCAACUUAUCAGAACCAUUUUAGCAGUUUGAGGGGGAUCUACAUAAUGUUAGUCAGGUGGUUUUAAUUUUGUAGCAAUGUUGUGCCCAAAAACACAGAACUCUUAAAUUACACAUUUUAUAUAGUGCAUCUAAUUUAUUUUUAUUUUUCUGUUGUAUAAUUGAGAAAGCUUUUCUUAUUGAAAUCUAAAAAUGUUUUUGUUUUUUUUGUUUUUUAAAUUCUUUAUUUUUGUUGUGCAUGCAUUAACAUGCUUGGAUAGCCAUGACAGCUAUAGCAAGCUUAUUAGCAAUAAAGUAUAACAAUAGCAUGGCAUUUUGAGUAAUGGCACAAUUUUUAAAAUGGUAAAGAUAAUUCGCAGAGUCUAACAACAUAGAGUUAAAGGCAAUGUGUGAAAAGAGUAGUUUCUGUUCUGGUCGUAAGGUUAGUUUUGGCAUACGUGCUUGUGAUCUGGAGUUAGCCUGUAAGUGAAGGCAUGGUGUGCGCUUAUGUGUCGAGGUUGAGUUGGGACCUUGCCCUCUAAGGGAGUAGGUCGAUAUGCCUUUGUUGCAUAGCUGCCAAUACCGUGUCCAUCUCCGCGAUGUCUGUCUCUUUAUAUUCCUUGUCUUGGUGUUGGAUGAGGAGUACGUGUGAUGGUCCCCAACGGUACGUCACUCCCUUGGCUGUUAAUGUCGCUGUAAGUGGUCGGAGAGACUUACGCCAUUGCAGGGUUGUGCGCGAGAGAUCUGAGUAAAACGUUACGUCCCUAUCUUCAAAGCGGUAGGGGUUCUUCCCUUUGAUGGCGCCCAUUUUGAAAUCUGACCAGGAGGUCACCUGUUGCAGAGCUUGUGAGUUGUGGUGGCUUGGGCAGGCGGAACAUGCCAUCCAGCUGCACCCCUUUAGCUUGUUUAGGGGACAGGAGGGCCACAAAAAGCCUUCUUAGAUGCUGUAGCCCCAGCUGAGCUUCCCCAUCUCCUGAGAGGCCUCUAAUUUUGAUAUGAUUCCACCUCUUUUUGUCUUCCAUAGCUGCUAGUUGGUGGGUGACUGUAGUGUGAGCUGAGGAGAGGUCUUUGACCUGAUUCUGUAGCUCUGUCAUUUGUGCUGCCUGUGCCUGAGUGGUUUGCUCCACUGCUGAGAGGCGAUCAGUGAACCCCUUAACAUCUUCCCUUAUCUGGGAGAUCUCCGUGGUGAGCAACUGGCAUAGGUCGGUCAGGAGAGAGGUAAGAAUCUCUGUGGUAACCGGGAGACCCGCCGUCGGUUGUGUGGGUUUGGAAGGUCCCUUGUAGCCCAAUGUCUCAGGGCAGUGGAGGGAUGUGUCGUCCGAGCUCCCAGAGUAAUCCUCUAAGUCAGCCGCCAUGUUGGGUCCCGCCGCGCCAUGCGGUCUCCUCAGCAGGUCGCCUAUAUCGGCCGUGAACCACUGGCCAUCCGGGCGCGUUUUUUUUAGUUUUUCUCCAUCGGUGGAGAAGUGUUAGCAGGCUGUCUGCAGUGUGGUAGGGUGCUUCUUGCGGCUGAUUUUGAGCCUUAUUUGGCUGCGGUCGACAGAGAGCAGUAGGUAUGUGACCGUUCAUGCCGAGAGCUGGCUCUGCCCCCUAAAUUAUGUAUUUUAACCCAUGUAUGACAUGUCAUGAUUCCCUUUUAUUCUAGUUUGGUCCUUAAGGGUUUAAAGGGAUACUAUAGGCACUAAAAUGCAUCUUAAUGAGGCAGAGGAUUGAGCAGUGAAACUGCAGAGGCAUAAUCUAUACACCAAAACUGCCAUUCAGGAGGUAAAUCAAUUUUGUUCUGUUUAUGCAGCCCUAGAAACUCCUCCCCUGGCAGUGACUCACGCAGCCUAUAUGAAAAUAUGGUUUCAUUUUUAAUUGGAUGUUAACUUGCUUUAGAAGUUUUUAUCUCCUUCUAUGUAAAUUUUACUUUAAUCACACACUGCUCGGCUAACUAUUAAAAGAGCAGGAAAUAAGAAAUUCUGAACUAAACAGUUCAAUAGAGGCAAUAGAUCUCGCUUUACAGUAAGUGUUUAUGGAAGGCUGUGCAAGUCACAUGCAGGGAGUUGGGGCUAGGGCUGCAUAAACAAAGUGAUUUAACACCUACAUGGCAGAGAAUUGAGCAGUGAGACUGUAGGGGCACAAUCUAUACACCAAAACUGCUUAAUCAAGCUAUGACUGAUUUGGUGCCUAUAGUAUUAGUUUGUAAAUGUGUUUGUGUGGUUUUUUUUUUUUCCCCUAGAAGUAAUGAAAUCAAGUUUUUAUUUUUCAGGCUGGAAAAUUUGACAUAAUUCCAACAAUGAUUAACAUUGGUUCGGGACUUGCGUUGCUUGGAGUGGUGAGGGUUUUCUUGUUUUUUGCUAUUUUUAUACAAUAUGUCUAACUUGUGAUUUCUUAGUUGUAAUAAGGGGACACUCUCUAAGCACCAAAACCACUGCAUCCUAAUAAAGUUGUUUUGGUGCUUGAAAACCUUGCCCUACACCCUAAGGAAUGUGAACACUGCUAUUGUAAGAAAAGGAAUGUUAACAUUAGACCGUUGAAAUGCCUAAAGUGGUCACCAAUCAGACUACCAUUAGAGGCAAUCCUAUGUGAAGACUUUCAAUAACAGAAAGUCCUCAUAGUCACCAUCACCAAAAGUUUUAAUGCCCCCCAUAGGGAAGAAUUUGAUUCAAGGACUCCGAGGAGCAUCUUAUUGGAGGAGUGCAGCAUAAGCACAGAUCUCUCUCCAAUGUUUUCUUGUCUUUUUAUUUUUUAUUUUUUUUACGAAUGGGACUUAAUCUAAACUUCAGCAACACUAACAUGUAAAAUAUAUCUUAUUUUUAUAGCUGCUUUUCUUUUAAUUGCUUUGUUGAUCUCUAGCAUGUCUUUAUCUAAAAACAAUAAUCCCAAAAAGCCCCCCCCGCCCAACCAAAUUAUUAAAGUGGUCCAAGAGUCCAUAUACAUUUUUACAAAUCUAUAUAUGUGAAUAUGUACUUAUAUUAAGUUAUGCAUUAAUUUUGUGAAUCAGGUCAUUGUACUAAAUGAUUACAUAAUGUGGAGAAUAUCAAAUGUAUGUCUGCGCUCAUCAUAAAAUCUGAUACUGUAGUGAUGAGUGCUGGAAACUACUAAAAUCUAAUGUUAAAUGAUGAAGUGGGUCUUUUUUUUUUUUUUUUAAUUACAGGCAAUCAAAUACAACAAUAUUGGUUUAAUCAAUGUAUGUCAGGACAUAGUUUUCAUAGGCCUGUAGGUUUGCAAUAUAAUUGGAGGGGUAAAUGCUCUGAUACUUGAAGGAUGUAGAAAAAUGUAAUUAUUAUUUUCUAUUUCAUCUUUUUAAUAAUAGUAGAGGAUUUUUUUUCAUUUUUUGUUUGUUUGAUUAUAGGCAACUGUUCUAUGUGACGUCAUUGUCUUCCAGUUCUUUAAGAAAAGAUAUUACUACAGAGAGAAGAAAUUUAAACAUGUGGAGGAUUACGACGAAUUGGUAAGACUUCUCAUGGGUUUUAUCUUCAUGUUCUUGAGGAGUUGUACAGAAUGUGUUAGAUUUUCCCACAUGUUCACAUCAUAUCAUACUGCUGUGUGAUCCUAACUUCCUGAUUUUAUUAACCGCCCCUUUGUUGUUUAUAUUGGUGGCUUGAGCUGAUUUUGGAGACUGGUGAAAUAUAUGUAAUGUCCUUUGUCCACUAGACGAUCUCGUUGAAGGGACUCUGUAAGCAAAGGACUACCAUAGUAUGUCUGACAAUGUAUUUUUCCAUAGUUACAUGUGAUCAAGGGUGGAGGAUGAAAAAUCAAAUCUAUUAAUAGUUGAAUUACAAAGAUCAAUUUUCUCUCUUACUCUGCAUUGCUGCUCUGCUUCAGCUCUCACUGGGCUAGCUCUGCAUUAUAGAAUCUAUUCACUUACAGUAGAUGUUUAAAACAACACAGGUUACACCAGCCCAGGUCACUCCUUCCUUUUUGCUGAAGCAAAACUGCUUAAUAUGUUGACAGUCUACAUAUAAUAAUAAUUAAAAAAAAGUCUACAUUGAAUACACACAAGAAUAAUAAAGUUCAAACUUUUACAUAUUAUAUGCUAUUGACACCAAAGUAGACUUUAAAACCUAAUUUGACCCAACUUUCAAUUGUGCAGUAAAAAAGAAUUAUUUACAUUGUGCUACUCGAACGUUCCCAUCAUUCAACUGAUCAUUCUGCUAAGCAUUUAUUUAUUUAUUUUUACCAGUUUUAAAACUGAAGAUUGGUAUGCGGUUGUACUUUUUGUAGGAUACUUUGCAUUUUUAACGUUCCAAUUACUCCUUGUUGCUUCUCCGAUGUGCACGUAUUGAGUUGGGCUUUGCAGCAACAGCAAAUUUUAUUUUCUCUUUGAAUAAGAUAAUCGGGAACAUGAUUUGCUUGAUUAAUCUAUGGUCUACCAGUUAUGUUCCAUUUAAGAAGCACACAUUUUUGUUACAGAGUGGUAAUGAAGAACACGGGUCAAAUCCUUGAUGAAAAGAGCACUUGCCUAUUCUGGCAUGUUCAUUUGCAAAUACACUCGUUUACAAGCCUUGGUGGGCGGCUGCAGCAGACCUGGCCAUCGAACAUUCCACAAGCCACUUACUCCUCUUGUUAAAUAUGCUAGACCAAUAUGAUUGUGAUAAAACCCACUAAUUGCGGUGUCAGUAGCAACGUAUAUUGCAGUUGGCUUAUGUAAAAGGGAAAUCCAAAUACUGCAAUCAAGAACUUUGUUUUUUUUUUUUUUUUUUGGACUAUGAGAAAUUAAAUCGUUUAUGCUCUGAUCAUACAAAUAUUUUAUUUUUUUUCUGCAAGAAUGAUCUGUCAUAUAUUUGUUCUUCAGCCCAAUACACUGCAAUGUGGACAACCACAAAAAGAGAAAUCCCCCAUCUGUUGUACAACAGGAAGAACUAAGGGGAUUUUAGGCAUUACAAGAAAUAAACCUGUAUUAAGAAGCGCACACAAACAGGCAUUGUUCCAAAAGGGAAAUUACUUCACGAACCACAAUUAAGAAAUGUUUGCUGUUCCAAAGUCUGCAUUCACUCCAUGACUUAAAAUAUGGUGUUUUUAUUGCGUGACUUAAUUUCAGUGCACUCUUUGAUAAACCUCACCACCAACCAAAAUUGCUUAAUUAUUCAUCACAGAAAGACAAUGGAAGUUUCAGAAUGAAGCUAGAAAGGUUAAAAAAAAAAAAAAAAAAUCAAAUUUACAAUUAGACUAACACUUUUUCUAAAAUCUUCAAAUGUGUUUCUCUAGCAUUUUAUUUAUAAUUAUUUAAAUGUUGUCAUCCUUUCAGAGAUUUACAUAUUUUUCUAUUCUUGGAAUAAAAUUCUGCAC